CGUUCGUCAGUGCUGACCGAGUUGCCGACGCUUGUUUCGUUUCACGCGCGCACACAUACACUAACACUCACACGCGUACCGGACGUGUGCGCUCGUCGCCCUCUUGCGCAUUCUUUCGUCGCCGGCGCUCCGUCGAAGUUCGACUUUCAGUUCGGUUCGACUGAAUAACACCAGCUCGUUCGUUCAGUCGCACAGUCGUGGUGUAUUCGGUGUACGCGAGAGUUGAAUUCUGUACGCUCACAGGUUGGCAACAAUCGUACGCCGAGAUAAGCGAGGACACGAAGCGAGAUUAUUCAAGAAUUCAAGAAGUUAUAACAAACAAACCAAGUUAUCAAUCGUACGAAACAUAAAACAAGUGUGACCAGAGUGAGUUUUAUAAUAAACGAAGAAGCACUUUUUGGUGCAAUAAGGGAUUUAUUAUCAACGUCUUGGUAGAGUGCCGCCUCUCUUCUCAUCUGGAUAUAGACACACAGCUCCUAUCGGCGUAAUAAAAUUAUCAUAGUGUUUGAUGUGGGCGACGACGCGCCCCACGCCGCCAUCAGAGUGUCGUGUCCGUCGCGUCCUUUGAGUGCUGAGUGCGCGUCUGGGGGGCGGGGAAAGCAGGGGAGGAGGAGGCGGUGAUCCGCCUGAGCAAAAGUGUCGCGGCGUAGGGGCUCACGACGCGGCGGCAGCGGCGGCAUGGUCGCCAGCCAGACCGUCGACAAUGACAUGUACGCGAUGCACACGUCGCCCUACCACGUGCCCCAUCAUCACCACCACCACCAUCUGCACGCGCACCAUGGGGAGUAUUACCCGGCCGGCGCGGAGCCGACGGGCGGCGGCGGCAAUGGCGGCGCGCCAUACUAUAGCGUGCCACCGGAGCUCGGCCGGCCGCCCCACAUGUGCACCGUGCAUGGAGGCGACUACGGACCAGUGACGGUACCGAUGGUGUCGACGAACUCGUCGCCGCCGAUCGCGAUGCCCGUCCAGGUGCCGCCCGGCCAUAUCGUGCAGCAGAUCGUCGACGAGAGCGGCACUCUGCGGCACGUCAUCCUCUCGCCGCAGCAUCCCGCCCUCGUGCCGCUCACCUCGCACAAUCCGCCACAUUACGGUGCUGGCCCACCGAACGGCACCAGCCAUCCGCCGCAAACCUACCAUUAUACAAUGCCGCCCAACUUCGCCUCGCACCAUCCGCACUUUCACUCGAACAUGCCCCCGGGCGGUGGCGGCGCAACGCAUCCCAUGCACCAGCCACUCUCGGCAUCCGGACACUCACCACCGCCAGCAUUCUGCAAAGAUGAACGCUCGCAACGGCAAUACAUAAAACUGAAGAAGAAACAGCUGGACAAACAGCAGAAGUCGGUCGACAGCAUCGGCGGUCGCAAAGAACUCGUCAAUGGCAUCAAACGCGUAAAAGAUAAGGGAAUGAACAGUGUUGGUACCUCUGAAGAUGGAGAGGAGAGUAGCAGUCUGCAGGAUGAUGAUGAUUCUGCGCAUAUUACUGAUAUUUUGUCGUCUGUAGAGGCACCCAAGGUGUCUGAAUUGACCUCAAGGAGUGCCUUGCUGCAAUGGGCGGCACCGCGACGUCUCUCCGAAGCGUCCAGCAAUGACAGCCACGAGCUGGACAUCCCCGAGAACGACUUGCGCUACGAGGUGCUACUCAGUGACAAAAGUAAAGAAAUGAAAUACAAGUCAAUCUACAGUGGAACAUCGCUCUCAUGCCGCAUCGAAGAUUUGCGGCCUGGAUUAGAGUACUCCGUGUGUCUACAGGUGCAUUUUGACGAACUGCAAGGCUCAGCAUCCGAUCCGCUCAAAUUUACCACGCCCGCCUGUGAACCAGACGCGCCUGCUCCACCCAAGCUCAUCUCGCGUACAAAGAGCACACUGCAACUACGCUGGAACGCAACGACGGCGAACGGCUCGCCCAUCUUGCAUUACAUCCUCGAAUACGACGAGGGUAAAGGCGGUGAUUUUGUCGAAUUGUAUAAGUCGCGUGGCAACCAGCAUUCUCUGCAGAAGCUCACCGCAGCGACGCCGUACAAGUUUCGACUUUCAGCCGUCAAUGAUAUUGGACGCAGUCAAUACAGUGAUGUGGUGGUGUAUGAAACGUCGGAGAACGCGCCGACACAGCCGUCGCCACCUCAACUUGAUCGGGCCGACAUCCAGGCCCUGCACCUUUCGUGGGCACGUCGGCCCAUGGACGACCAGUUCAUUCUUGCGAUGGACACAUCCGACUAUGGUUAUAUGCCAGUCUAUAAUGGACAGGAGACCAAACACUCCGCUGUUAGUCUGAAGCAAUUUACGAAUUAUAAAUUUAGAUUGCGAACGAAAAAUGACGGCGGUCUUUCCGAAUGGUCGGAAGAAGUAAUCUUCCAGACACUUCCAGAUAGGCCUGCGAAACCCUCCAAUCCGGUGGUCAAGGGCAAGAUCCACGCACGCUCCUUUCGGUUAAAGUGGGAUCCACCUAUUGACACUGGCGGACCACCUGUGACCAAGUAUAUUCUUGAGAUGAGCUCUAGCGGCGGCUAUGUGACGUGCUACGGUGGCGCCGACCCGGAGGCGAACUGUGAUAAACUAACACCGGGCACGACCUACCAGCUGCGUGUGUGCUGUGAGAGCGCUGGCGGCCGUAGCAACUACUCCGACCUGUGUACGGUCACGACGGAGGCUAUUUGCCCAGGAAGGUGCGCACCUAUCCGCCUAGCGGGAAAACCGCGUGCGACCGGACUCACCUUACGGAUAUCCGAGCCUGACUAUGACGGCGGAGCUCCUGUGCUUGAGUACGAGGUUGAGAUGACUGCUCCUGAUCAAAGCAAAACUUUGGUACAUAAGAGCAAAGAUACCGAAUGUAAUGUUGAGGGUCUUUUACCUGGCAGUAGAUAUGUAUUCACAGCUCGUGCUUUGAAUAGAGUCGGAGCGGGCGAGUGGGCUGAGGAAGCAUCAUUAAUGAGUGGUGCCGCUCCACCUGAAGCUUGUGCUCAGCCCACGGCAACAUGCAGGUCUUCAACGCACGUGUUUGUCCAAUGGAGUGCACCAGCUACGAACGGUGCUUCUAUAUCGGAGUACCGUCUGGAAAUGGGGUCCAACGGCACUGCGGACGAUCAAUUCACAUUGAUUUAUCAAGGCGAGAGUACCUCCUACGAUGCGAAAAAUCUCACCCCUUUCACAACGUACUAUUUCCGCGUUCAGGCGGCUAAUUCCGCCGGUUAUGGCUUGUAUUCACCCAUCGCGGCUACCAUCACACCAGCCGCGCCUCCUGCUCAGAUCCAAAACAUCCGACACACUUCCACACCAACCUCUAUCGCCUUGUCGUGGCUUGAGCCCUCGUCCAAUGGCACACCCAUUUCGGAAUAUAUCAUAGAAGUGGCCGAUCAGGUAAUCCACACGGAAGAACCAAUAACCAAGUAUGUCAUAGAAGACCUUCAGCCGGAGACUUCGUACAAAAUUAAACUACGCGCUGUGAAUUCUGAGGGUAUGGGUCCCCAGUCAUCUACUCUGAGAGUGGCAACUGCGAAGUUGCCGCCUGCACCUCCUAAGCUUGAAUGUAUUGGCGUUGGACACAAUUGUUUAAAACUUAAGUGGGGCGAAGGGAAGAAUCCCGAAUACACUACGUUUAUCAUCGAAAUGGAGAGUCCCCGCGCGUAUGAUUACCAAACCGUUUUCAAAGGCACUGCAUUCACGUACAAAGUGAACAAAUUACAAGAAGCGACUACGUAUAAAUUUAGGAUUUGCGCAUGUAACGAUGCCGGCGAGGGAGAUUAUUCGGAUGAUUAUGAAUUCAUGACGAAUCUAGCUCCACCGGCAGCAAUCAAGCCUCCGAAAAUUAUCGAUGUCGAUCAGAAUAGUUGUUCCGUGGAAUGGAUGCCGUCGAGGAACGCGAAUCCAGAUCCGAUCGAAUAUUGCGUUCAGUUGUCUAGGCUUAAAGAUCAACAAUAUAAAGAAGUUUAUAAAGGUCCGGACACUAGAUGCACUCUGGAACGCCUUGAUGCCGGGUGUGAGUAUGCAGUGCGCAUAUGUCCCAUUCGUAAGACGCAGGAUGCUGAUCUCGCCGGGCCCUUUACGCCAUUUGCAAAGUUUUCGACUACAGCAGUUGAAACCAUCUCGACGCAACGCAUCGUAGCCCACACGAGUGGCACACCUACACAUCAUCGCCACAAAGCUUCGGCCAAGAGCCAGCUUCCAGCUCUCUGGCAGCGCUACAAGGAACCGCUGUCUAUUCUUAAGUAUCCGAUCAUCGUCGGCAUUUUGGUCGUCUUCAUCUUGUUCCUGUGUGUGUUAUUUUUUACAUAGGUGCAAUUAAUUCGCGUCAAUGCAAACGACAAGGAAUAAGAACGAAAUC